UGCAUACAUACAUAGAUAUAUGUAUGUACAAGCUUUCGCGUGUGUCUGUGUGUACAUAAAUUUGUAAAAGAAAAUCUCUUCACCUUCGCGCUGCUCAUCAGUGUGAAAAUGUGGCUGCAAAUAAUUUGUCUGCAGUGACAAGCAGCGCGCUAUUAAAAUUCAUACAUAACAAAUUGCAAAAACAGGCAAAAGCGUAAAAAACUUUGAGAUUUUACUCUGGCUGUAUAAAUUAGGCGCACGAGGCGAGGACUUGUACUUGUGCAAAUAUACAUACAAUAAAUUAUAUACAUACAUAUGUACAUAUUGCCGGCAUUCGUGUCACGUAGACAAGUGGCGAAGAAGCCGAGAACCGACGACAAACGUUAAAGAGAGCAAUAGCAAUAGAAUUACAGGCGCCCAGCCUUUUGGAGCCGCAACGCGAGUGAGAGAGCCAGCCAGAGACAGAGAGAGAGAGAUCUCUGCUCAGCAUCAGCAGCAGCAGCAGCGACAAUUUCGUGGACAGCGACAGGCGCUUGCUUCGUGUUCUUAUUGUCGGCAGAACGAAGCUUUUACUUUUGUGUUCGUGUGUGCUCGCGCGUGUGUGUGUGUGUGUGGAAACAUAUUUGACGACGCGCCUGCAAACUGUUGGCAUAGUUGCCAGCGAAUAGUCGCCCACAUCGCACGCGUUUUUUAGCAGCCGCAUUAGCAGCAGCAGCAGCCAGCCAGCUAGCCAGCAUUCGUUAUUUUAUUGAGAUUCGCUUUCGUUGGUUAUAUUCUGAAUCGCUGAGAGCUGAAAUUCGCGGCGAAAUAAUUUUGGCUAUUUGUUAUCCGUCCAUGCCAUGCGCGAUAAAAUAUCACAACUAUUUUGCUUGCAAAAAAACGCAUGCAAAACUAAUUCAACAGAUAAUAGAGGACAUAAUGUGCCAACAAAAGCAACGAACAACGGGACUAUGUGUGCCAAUGGGUCUUUUGGGACAGAAGGGCCCGAAGCGACAGAGACCGACUCAUCAGGGACCGGGCGGAUGCGGAAGUCGCUGGAGAGGAAUGGCUCAACGCAGAACGACACUGUUCACCUCGAGAGAAGGCUGGGCCUCUUCAGUGGGGUGGCUUUAAUUGUCGGAACUAUGAUAGGGUCUGGAAUAUUUGUGUCACCCUCCGGUUUACUGGUUCGCACCGGUUCCGUUGGAGUUAGCUUUAUAAUCUGGCUUGCCUGUGGUCUGCUCUCGCUUUUGGGCGCUCUGGCAUACGCUGAACUUGGCACGAUGAAUACUUCGUCUGGUGCGGAAUGGGCCUACUUUAUGGACGCUUAUGGACCAGCGCCAGCGUUUCUUUUCUCAUGGGUAUCGACACUGGUGUUGAAGCCAUCACAAAUGGCCAUAAUCUGUUUAUCCUUUGCGCAAUAUGCCGUUGAGGCAUUUGUCACCGAAUGUGAUCCGCCCAGGGGCGUGGUCAAAAUGGUUGCGCUUGUGGCAAUUGUGAUGAUAUUGUUUGUCAAUUGCUAUAGUGUUAAUCUGGGCAUGGCCGUGCAGAAUGUUUUCACUGCUGCCAAGUUGGUGGCCGUUGUUAUUGUCAUCUGCGGCGGCGCUUGGAAAUUGUUCCAGGGCAACACGCAGCAUCUGUCGAAUGCAUUUAAUGGGCCGAUGCCGAAUAUUGGGGCCAUUGCGACAGCAUUUUAUACGGGAUUGUGGGCCUACGAUGGCUGGAAUAAUCUCAACUAUGUCACCGAGGAGAUUAAGAAUCCCAGCAAGAAUUUGCCACGCUCUAUUAUGAUUGGUAUACCAUUGGUAACGCUCUGUUAUGCAUUGAUUAACAUUUCCUAUUUGGCUGCCAUGUCGGCCACCGAGAUGAUCGAGUCCGAGGCAGUCGCUGUCACCUUUGGCAAUCGCAUUCUGGGCGCCCUUGCCUGGUUAAUGCCGCUAAGUGUUACCAUUAGCACAUUUGGCAGUGCCAAUGGCACGCUCUUCGCUGCUGGACGUCUUUGCUUUGCGGCCAGCCGUGAAGGUCAUCUGUUGGACAUCUUGUCGUAUGUGCAUGUGCGACGCUUGACACCAGCACCUGGUCUCAUAUUCCACUCGCUGAUUGCCUCGGCAAUGGUGCUGCAUGGCACAAUUGAUUCGCUGAUUGAUUUCUUCAGCUUCACCGCAUGGAUAUUCUAUGGCGGCGCCAUGUUGGCCCUCAUCGUGAUGCGAUUCACCAAACCCAACUAUCCACGGCCAUAUAAAGUGCCAAUUAUCAUUCCCGUUGUGGUCUUGGUCAUCUCAGUGUAUCUCGUUGCCGCGCCCAUAUUCGAAACGCCACGCAUUGAGUAUCUCUAUGCACUGCUCUUCAUCUUUGCCGGGCUCAUCUUCUAUGUGCCGUUCGUCAAGCUGGGCAUGACGCCACGCUUUAUGAACAAGGUAACUUUGUUCUUCCAGCUGCUGCUGGAGGUGGUGCCCACAUCUUCGAUGGCCAUGUUCGAGUAAUAAUUCUCCAAGUGCUCAAGAAACGUGUUGAUGGAAUGUUGAUAAUUACAUAUGUACUUAGUUCUGUAGACGCAACAAAAACAAAAACAACAAAAAAAAAAAAGCAAAGAAAUUACCAAAAUACUUACAAAAAAUAAUGAGCAAAAGCAAAGCAAAACAUUCACAGAUAUUCAAGAUUAUAUGUUACAUAGAGAAGUUGCUUUAAGAAUAUUCUAAUUGUUAUGUCGUUGUUUGUUAACUAUUAAAAAUAGUUGACCCCAACCAAACAAACAAACAAAACAAAUUCAGAGCGUGUUCUGCUUGCAUUCAAAUUAUAGUUGUAAAUUAUAAACAAUUGGAGGCGCUAGUGCUUAAAAUUGUGUGAGCUUAGCUUAGCUUAACUAUUGGUCUUUGCCCAACGAACUCAGACCACCAACAAUAACAACAACAAC